CAUUAUAAGGCAGCCAUUGUCGGAUUGUCGCAUAACAAGCAUGUCAUCCACUUACGAUCGUGCAAUCACGGUUUUCUCGCCUGAUGGGCACUUGUUUCAAGUAGAAUAUGCCCAAGAGGCAGUUAAAAAGGGAUCAACAGCUGUUGGCGUCAGAGGGAAUGAUAUUGUCGUCCUUGGAGUAGAAAAGAAGGCCGUAGCCAAAUUACAAGAAGACAGAACAGUUAGAAAAAUAGCUUUAUUAGACGACCAUGUUGCAAUGGCAUUUGCUGGAUUAACUGCAGAUGCAAGAAUACUGAUCAACAGAGCCAGAAUAGAAUGCCAAAGUCACAAAUUAACAGUAGAAGAUCCUGUGACCCUAGAAUACAUAACGAGACAUUUAGCGCAGUUGAAACAGAGAUACACUCAAAGCAAUGGGAGAAGGCCAUUUGGUUUAUCCACUUUGAUCAUAGGUUUUGACAGUGAUGGCACUCCCCAUUUGUACCAGACAGAUCCAUCAGGGACCUAUCACGAGUGGAAGGCAAAUGCCAUAGGACGCAGUGCAAAGACAGUGCGCGAGUUCCUGGAGAAACACUACACUGACGACACAGCUAAGAGUGAGCACGACACAGUAAAACUAGCUUUGAAAGCCUUACUGGAGGUGGUACAAUCAGGAGGAAAGAAUGUUGAGUUGGCAUACAUGAAGUUCGGACAACCUCUCAAGAUGAUGGAGUCAGCAGAAGUAGAGAAAUACAUUGCAGAAAUUGAAAAGGAAAAGGAAGAAGAGGCAGAGAAAAAGAAGCAGAAAUCUGGAAAGUAGCAUUUGAGUAUAGGUUUCUAAAGACAAAUCUGAUCUCAUGGAAAUACCUAGCUGAGAAUUUCUGAGACAUCCAUUGGCAAUACAACAACAGAAAGUCGAGGACGAUCGGAAUCUUGUGGAAUGCUUGUGGUAUUUGCUCAGAUUCAUUUUCAAGAGAAAAAUUAAUGGAAAUAUUGUACACCAGGAUCUGGAUUCUGAACAGCACAUAAAAAUAAGAGAAAUAUUAACAUUUCACACUAAAACUUGAAAUUACAAUGUUCUUAUUAUUCAAAAGAAAGGACACAUUGAUAAAGGAUAUAUAUGAACUGUUGGCUGUAAGAGGAUGAUGGCCCAAGUAAUUGCAUUAACAGCGUGGGAAGUUUUCUGCUAUGAUAACAGUGGAACUAAAACGAAAAGUUUGGACUAAAAGGAACAGUUACUGAACUGAAAUAUUUCCAUUGGGAAGCAAUUUACUGCAGCAGGUCAAAGAAGUAAAUUGUCAAAUUGUUGGUUGGAUAAUUUGUAAUGUAAAUGUAAGAUAAAAUUUUUUUGAAAGAA